CGCCGUCCGCAUCGGUCUGGCAGUCGACCGGUAGUCGAGUCACUGUUCUUCUCUCCCGCGUGUCCAGUCUUUCGUCUGCGAAAAUCUUAAAGAAAAUUAUAGCGCAACACGUCCGACACACACACACUAUAAAUAAUGGCAACCGAAAUAACAACAGUUGAUAGCCAAGAAUAUAAAUUCAAUCCUUUGAAUUUUGGCUCCUUGCAUUUUACUGUUAAAGCAUCAAAUGAUGCUCAUAUUGCUUUAACUGCUACUCCAGAUAACAAGCCGCCAAAAUAUGAGAUAUUCCUUGGUGGUUGGGGUAAUACAAAAUCUUCAAUACGCAAAAAUAAUGAAGAGCCAGAUAAGGUUAUUGUUGAUACUCCAAAAUUAUUAAAUGGUGGUGAAGCCAGAGGAUUUUGGAUUAAAUGGGGAGGUGGUUUUAUUGGUGUAGGAAAACAAGGAGAAGAAAAACCAUUUAUGUCAUGGCAAGAUGAAGAAUCUCUAAAUGUGUUGUUUUAUGGUGUUCGUAGCGGAUGGGGAGCUACAGGUGUAUGGACUAUUGAAGAUAAUAUUUACAUAAACACUGAAGAUAGUAAGGAGUUCAUAUUUAGAGCUAUACUUCAUGGAUCAAUAAGUUUUUCGGUAGAUAGUGCUAAUGAUGCACAUAUUGUUUUGGCAACUAAAAGUAAAGAAUCUGAACCUAUGAUAGAGGUAUUACUUGGUGGCUGGAAGAAUACAGCAUCUGCCAUUCGUUACAACAAACAAACUCCAGAUAAGGUGCACGUUGACACUCCUCAGCUUCUGUGUAAAGAUACUCCAAAGAAAUUUGUCAUUUUUUGGAGAGAUGGUGUUUAUGAAGUGUUUAGUGAAAAAACUAAACUAUUUGAAUGGAAAGAUUCAAAUCCAUUUAGCAUUUCUCAUUAUGGAGUUCGUACUUGUUGGGGGGCUGUUGGUAAUUGGCACAUUCAUGGUGCAGCAGAUGUUCAAUUUAAAAGCCAAGUAGUUCCUACCCCAAAACCAAAACCUUUAAAAGGAAAAGCUCCACCCGCAGCUUCACCUGGUUGGAACCUUGAUGGAAUAUCCUCUGGUCCAGUUCAUUGGGUUCAUGCUAGUAAUGGACAAAUUCCACCAAAUGCUUUACCUGGUGGUUUUGAUGCUUCCAACGAACAACUAUAUGUAGCCAGGGCAGAACAUAAUGGGGCUCUGAUUCCUGGUAAACUAGUUCCUUCACACGGUGUUGUCUAUGUACCUUGGGGUGGUGUUGAAAAUCCUAAAGAAAACUAUGAAGUACUUUGCAACUGUAAUGGUACAUGGGUAAAAGCCAACAAUGGAGAAAUCCCAGUAGGAGCAUUAUCAUCAGGUCAUACUGAAGAUGGUGAACCAUUGUUUGUUGGACGUGGUGAAUUAAAUGGUUCUUUAACUGUUGGAAAGGAAAAUCAGAAAACAAAUAAAAUAAUGGAUGAGAACAUUCAAUGUUCACUCAGUGUGGUUAUUUCUUCCUUAGAAAAAGGAAUAAUUGAAUCAGUGAAGAGCUCAUUAAAGAAAGAAAAUGAUGACUUUGAUGUUUUUGGCGCUUAUAUAGCUACAGAAGUUCAACCUAGUCACAGUGUUUGUUAUGUACCGUUCGGUGGUGAAGAAGUACCUCUGAAUGAUUAUGAAGUGUUGGUAUCAAUAUAAACCUAUCAAAAUUAACCAAAGAUGAAAGAAGUAUUAAACAUUUUAAAAAUGGCAUGUCGAAUUUAUUGAAAUCUAAGAAUUUUUUUAACGCUUUAUUUAUAC